AAUAGUAUGAAACACAGCGAAUGACAACUUGACCAAUGUCAUGCCGCCCCUGCAUGGAGAGACGUCGCAAAUGUCAGCUCUUCAAAGUUCAUUGAACAAGCUCUGAAACGUAGUACGUGCAUAUCUUCACUUGCCGAACAUGAGGGUUGGUAGCAACCAGAACGAAGCUAAUAUCGCUUGCCAGGGGAUAACAUUUGCUGGUCGAAGACCUGAAAGGCACGAAAAAGACGAAGAGAAGGCAACAAGGGGAAGCAAGAGGAGAGUUGCACUGCCACAGCCGCCGGCAAGAUUUUCUCUUUCCCCAGUGCUCCACCAUGACGCGCCUACCUGCCUCAUUCACCAGCCUGUAUCGACUUUUCUUGCGCACCACCUCGGCCUCAGUUCUUCACCAUACAUUGGCCACUAAAAACCUACGCCAUUUGUGGCGGUCCACCUUUCACGACGCAGCGAAAGUAAUACAGCACCUUCAACGUGAACCGCCUCCUCCGCCUGUGGUUAAGGAAGAGCUGGAAUCUUGGUUAUCUAUCUGGAAUGACAGAGUCGACAAUACCCUCGCUCUACUACACAACUCCUCCCACACGCGCGGCCUAUCUCACCAACUAACCCGUAACCUAGCCUUACUCGUACACCACGAAUAUCAACGAGUAUCCGAAGUCAAAUACCCCGUCUGGAACCCCCAACUCCCCGCAGACUCGAAAGAAUACCAGAUUCGAGCACCCGCGGCGAAAUCUCGCACGGAGACAAAACGUGACGCGCUGAAAGCCAUCAGCGAUCGCGCCCUGUCUGCAGUUUCCAAAGCUGUUCGUAUGGCUGAAGGAAGGGACGGUAUCAUUUUGGGAAGCAUGGCGGUCAAGGGAAAACUGAAGCGAAACCUGUGAUACUGAUCGCUAUGCAUGCACUAAUAUACACAAAAUACAUCGAGAACUUGGCCAGCGCAACCAAGUAUUCCGAGGUCUACCUAAACCGCUGCAACUGCAACGUCUCGCGCGCAGCGUCCUCAGGCUUUUUGAUUGGAAGGACGUCUUCACGA